AUGAAGGGAAUUGAGACCUUAUUCAGGUCUCAAAUGCGCUUCAUGAUUCAGAACAUUGAGAAGGCAGCUCUGCUCUCUGAGCAUGUCAAUCUGCUUAUCACUGAGAUGGAACCUAAGACAGCAGAUCAGAAAAUGCAGGAUUUUGAGAUGCAGAUUAACCUGACUGAGAGAAAGCAGUAG